UUCCACCCUCUUCUCCUUUCCCAAAUUGCACAAACCGUGCGUUUCCUCUCUAGCUGCGCUGCUCCCUGUGAGACGUGGAAAAGCUGUCGCAAGUGAGCAUGCAGCAACUGGGUCGGCUUUACUUCGGUCAAAAAACGGAAUAAAAAAAAAACAAUUCGUCGCCGCAAUGCUGCGUGUAGCUGUGGAAUCCGCGAAAGGUCUGCCCAAAAAGAAACUUGGAAAUCCAGACCCCAUAGUAACCGUUGUCUUCAAAGCCGAGAAGAAGAAAACCAAAUCCAUAAACAGUGAAACCAAUCCUGUUUGGAAUGAAGUCCUUGAGUUUGAUUUAAAGGCAACCCCUCUGGAUUCCUCUUCAUUUAUUGAAGUCAUUGUCAAGGAUUAUGAAACCAUUGGUCAAAAUAAGCUUAUUGGCUCUGCGAAAGUUUCUCUAAAAGACUUGGCAACUGGUCAGGUCAAGUCCCUCCCAUUGAAGAAUUUGCCUCUUCUCAAUGAAAAGAAUCAAGACAUUGGUGCAACGAUUAAUUUGACAAUUGGAUACGAACCUCCGGCCACCGCCCCUUCCAAUCCCAAUGUUCAAACAGACGGCGGAGAGGUAGCAGGUGGAGGAGACACCGGUGGAGAUGGUGAGGAGGAGGGUGGUGAAGAGCAUGUUGAUGGAGGGCAGGGAGGGCUCUCAGGAGACCCCUUGUCUCCUGGUCAGCCUGGGAAUCAGCUCCAAAAAAGGACUGGCAGGAGAAAGAGAAACAGGACCCUGCCCAACAAGCCUCAGGAUUUCCAGAUCCGUGUUCGAAUCAUCGAGGGUCGUCAGUUGCCUGGAAACAACAUCAAGCCUGUUGUCAAGGUUCAUGUCUGUGGUCAGACGCACAGAACAAGGAUCAAGAGAGGAAAUAAUCCUUUCUUUGAUGAGAUUUUUUUUUACAAUGUCAACAUGUUGCCAUCGGAGCUCUUUGACGAAGAUAUCAGCAUUCGGGUGUAUAAUUCCUAUUCCUUGAGAGCAGACAGUCUUAUGGGGGAGUUUAAGCUGGAUGUUGGAUAUAUCUAUGAUGAACCUGCACAUGCAGUCAUGAGGAAGUGGCUCCUUCUGAACGACCCCGAUGAUUCCACCUCGGCAGCCAAGGGGUACCUCAAAGUCAGCAUGUUCAUCGUCGGGACUGGAGACGAGCCUCCGGUGGAGAGGAGGGAAAGGAGUGAAGAGGAGGACGACAUUGAAAGCAACCUGCUGCUGCCCGCUGGCGUCACACUGCGAUGGGUCACUUUCUCCCUGAAGGUGUUCAGGGCCGAGGACAUCCCACAGAUGGAUGAUGCAUUUGUCCAGUCUGUGAAGGAGAUGUUUGGAGGUGACAGUGACAAGAAGAACCUGGUAGACCCUUUCGUAGAAGUCAGUUUCGCAGGCAAAAAGCUGUGCACUAAGAUUGUGGAGAAGAAUGCCAACCCAGAAUGGAACCAGCUGAUCAAUGUGCAGGCCAAGUUCCCCUCCGUUUGUGAACGUAUCAAAUUGACUGUUUUUGACUGGGAUCGGCUGACUAGAAAUGAUACAGUAGGAACAACGUAUUUACAGCUGUCUAAAAUAGCUUCCUCUGGUGGUGAAGUUGAAGAGUCGCAUUCGAGAUAUGGGGCUUCUCCAGCAUCUGAAGUGAACACAGGGGAGUCAGAAGUGGGAUUUCUGCCUGCUUUUGGCCCAUGCUAUAUUAACCUGUAUGGGAGUCCAAGAGAGUACACUGGUCUUCCUGACCCAUAUGAUGAGUUAAAUUUUGGGAAGGGUGAGGGGGUUGCCUAUCGAGGAAGAAUCUUGGUUGAACUCACUACUAAGCUUGAUGGAAAAGCUGAAAAAAAAGUUGAAGACAUUCCUAGUGAUGACAUCUUGGUGACUCAGAAGUACCAGCGAAGGAGGAAGUACAGCUUGUGUGCUGUUUUUCACACAGCCAGCAUGUUGCAGGAAAUCGGAGAGCCUGUGCAGUUUGAAGUGAGCAUUGGCAACUAUGGCAACAAGUUCGAUUUAACGUGCAAGCCACUGGCGUCUACUACUCGGUACAGCUGUGCCGUGUUCGAUGGCAGUUUCUACUACUACUUACCAUGGUCUGACUCAAAACCAGUUGUUAUUCUGAAUUCCUACUGGGAGGACAUCAGUCACAGGCUGGAUUCUGUGAACAUUAUUCUUUAUAUUGCUGAGCGGCUGCAAUCCAACAUCACCUCCCUGAAGACAGCCCUUCAGGCUAAAAUGUCAGAAACUCGUCAGGCAGAGAUAUGGCUGAAACUUGUCAAUCAGCUCAUUGAGGACUUGAGCACCUUCAGGUUGCCAGAAAUGGAAGGAAAGCCCAAUCUCACUAACUUGGACAUUCAGAUCAAGAAGCUGCGCGAUAGCACAAUAGGGAGUAUCCUCCAGGGAGCCCAGCGCAUGAAAGAGGAGGCGACAGACGUCAAGGCCACUUUGGUAGACAUCGAGGAAUGGCUGGAGAGCUUAAAGCAGGUGGCAGAAGAGCCACAGAAUAGCAUGCCGGAUGUGAUCAUUUGGAUGCUGCGUGGGGAGAAGAGGGUGGCCUACACACGCAUUCCUGCUCACGAGAUCCUGUACUCCACCCACAGUGAACAUGCCAAUGGAAAAUUCUGUGGGAAAACCCAAACCAUCUUCAUGCAGUACCCAAUGGACAGUAACAAAGGCCUGAAGAUCCCUGUUCAGUUACGCAUCAACAUGUGGCUUGGUUUGUCUGCAAACGAAAAGAAAUUCAAUUCGUUUUCAGAAGGAACGUUUAGUGUGUUUGCAGAACUGUAUGAAAACCAGGCUCUCGUCUUCGGGAAGUGGGGCACCACUGGUCUCCUAAACCGUCACAAAUUUUCCGAUGUCACUGGGAAGAUUAAGCUGAAGCGCGAGAGCUUCUUGCCUCCUCAGGGCUGGGAGUGGGAGGGGGACUGGUUUGUGGACCCAGAGAAAACGAUGCUGACUGAAGCUGAUGCUGGCCACUCCGAUUUCAUCGAUGAGGUGUUCCAGAAUGAGACUCGGUUCCCUGGGGGAGAGUGGAAACAAGCAGAGGUUCCCUUCACGGAUGUGAAUGGGGAGAAAGCCCCAGGACCACAGGAGAUUGAGUGCCCCCCAGGCUGGACGUGGGAGGAUGAAUGGAGCUACGAUAUAAACCGUGCCGUGGAUGAAAAAGGCUGGGAAUAUGGAGUAACGAUCCCCCCUGAUGACAAACCCAAGUCCUGGGUGCCAGCUGAGAAGAUGUACCAUGUUCACCGCAGGAAAAGAAUGAUCAGACCUCGCAAGAAAGUCAGCAAUGCUCAGACACCAACAGAGAAGAAAUUUCUCGGAGAUCCAGAAGGCUGGGAAUACUCAUCCCUGAUUGGCUGGAAGUUCCACAGCAAGGAGCGGACUUCAGACACAUUCCGGCGCCGCCGGUGGAGGAGAAGAAUGGCUCCCUCCGGUCGCCUGGGCGCCUCUGCCAUCUUUAAACUGGAAGGGGCUCUUGGAAUUGAUGAGGAAGAGAAGGGCUCAAAAAAGGAAAGUGCUACAUCCCUGUUUGGUGCCAACACACCCACUGUUUCCUGCAACUUUGACAGAUCUUUUGUUUACCACCUGCGAGUCUAUAUUUAUCAGGCUAGAAGUCUUUUGCCCAUGGAUAAAGACAGUUUCUCAGAUCCAUAUGCCCAUGUAUCAUUUUUACAUCUAAGCAAAAAAACGGAGAUAAUAAAAGCUACUCUGAACCCAACAUGGGACCAAACCCUCAUCUUCAAUGAUGUGGAAAUAUAUGGAGACCCCCAGGCUGUUUCUCAAAACCCUCCCUAUGUGGUCAUGGAGCUCUAUGACUCUGACCAAGUGGGCAAGGACGAGGCCCUGGGCAGGAGCAUGUGUCCCCCCAUGGUGAAGCUCAAUCCUGGGACGGACGUGGCCCCUAAACUGCUUUGGUAUCCCAUUAUGUACAAGGGCAAGAGAGCUGGAGAAGUGCUUGUGGCAGCCGAACUCAUCCUGAAGAACACGGGUACUGAGUCGGAUCUACCCAUCGUUCCACCCAAAAGGGGAGAGAAGCUGUACAUGGUACCCCAAGGCAUCCGUCCGGUGGUGCAGUUAACAGCCAUUGAGAUCCUGGCCUGGGGUUUGCGCAACAUGAAGACGUACCAGCUCGCUGCCGUGACCUCGCCGAGCCUCGUCGUGGAGUGUGGUGGGGAGAUCGUGCAGUCGCCAGUCAUCAAGAACAUCAAGAAGAACCCCAACUUCCCUGGAUCACUCCUCUUCCUGAAAGUGCUUCUACCGAAAGAAGAAAUGUACACACCACCCAUAAUUCUUAAAGUGAUUGACCAUCGGCCGUUUGGCCGGAAGCCGGUUGUGGGACAGUGUACCAUUAGUACUCUGGAAGAGUUCCGCUGUGACCCCUACACCGCCAAGCCAGAGCUCGCAAUGACCUCAAAAGUGGCUCUCAUGUCUGCCCCUCGUGAUGUAAUCAUUGACAUCGAGGACAAGAGGCCACUGCUGGAAGCCCAGUUUGUGUACAGUAUGUCAGCUGCUGUCAACAAAAUGGCCACAACAACCGCACGUCUUCAUGCAGAAAAGGAGAAAGAAACAGUUGACUGGUGGAGCAAGUUUUAUUCUUCUAUUGGAGAACAUGAGAAGUGUGGUCCUUACCUUCAGAAAGGCUACGACAGCCUAAAGGUCUAUGAUGAUGAACUUGAGGACAUUCCAGAAUAUCGAGGACUGACUGACUUCUGUAGCACCUUUAAGCUGCAGAGGGGAAAAACCGAUGAAGAUGAUGAAGAUCCUACAGUGGUGGGAGAAUUCAAGGGCUCUUUCCGAGUGUACCCCCUGUCGGAUGACCCUGGCGUCCCAGCUCCACCUCGUCAAUUCCGAGAGCUGCCGGACAGCGGGCCGCAGGAGUGCUUGGUCAGGAUUUACAUCAUCCGUGGCAUCGACCUGCAGCCCAAAGACAACAACGGCAUGUGUGAUCCUUAUAUAAAGAUCAGUUUGGGUAAGAAGACGAUUGAAGACCGGGAUAACUAUAGGCCAAAUACAACAAAUCCCAUAUUUGGAAGAAUGUUUGAAAUGACCUGCUUCAUUCCUCAAGACAAAGACCUGAAAAUCUCCAUUUACGACUAUGACAUGCUGACCCGCGACGAGAAGGUUGGGGAGACGGUAAUCGAUCUGGAGAAUCGGUUCCUGUCACGGUUCAGUGCCCAUUGUGGAUUGCCGCAGUCGUACUGUGUUUCUGGCAUCAACCAGUGGCGGGAUCAGCUGAAGCCCUCUCAGAUUCUGCAGAAUCUCGCCAGGCUGAAGGGCAUCCCUCCCCACGUAACCUUGGAUAAUGGCACCUCCUUGACUUUUGGAGGGCGCGAGUACAACCUGGCAGACUUUGAGGCCAACAAAAUGAUCCACCAGCACCUGGGCCCACCUGCUGAGAGGCUGGCUCUGCACGUGCUCAGAACUCAAGGCCUGGUGCCUGAACAUGUGGAGACCAGGACCCUGUACAGCAGCUUCCAGCCCACCCUGUCCCAGGGGAAGCUUCAGAUGUGGGUUGAUGUGUUCCCUAAAAGCUUGGGACUCCCUGGACCCCCUGUUGACGUCACUCCUCGCAAAGCUAAGAAGUAUGUUCUGCGUGUCAUCAUUUGGAACACCACUGAUGUCACUUUGGAUGAGACCAGCAUCACUGGAGAACACAUGAGUGACAUCUACGUGAAAGGGUGGAUGCCGGGCAUGGAGGAGGGUAAGCAGAAGACUGAUGUCCACUACCGAUCCCUGGAUGGGGAUGGUAAUUUCAACUGGAGAUUUGUGUAUGACUUUGAAUAUCUGCCCGCUGAGCAGCUCUGUCUUGUUUCCAGAAAGGAGCAUUUCUGGAGUCUUGACAAGACUGAGUUCAGGACACCACCCAAGUUAAUUAUCCAGAUAUGGGACAAUGAUAAAUUCUCACUAGAUGACUACUUGGGUACUGUGGAACUGGAUUUGCAUCGCUUAAUAUCUCCUGCCAAAACUCCUGAGAAAUGCAGCUUGAAUAUGAUCCCAGAAAUCGGAGGCUCAACUCCGCCCAAAGCGCUACAUGCUUGUUCGCUCUUCGAUCAGAAAUCUGUGAGGGGCUGGUGGCCUUGCAUGAUGGAGGAAAAUGGGAAAAAAGUGCUUGGUGGUAAGGUUGAAAUGACCCUGGAAAUCCUGGCUGAGAAGGAGGCUGAGGAAAGGCCAGCUGGGAAGGGGAGGGAAGAGCCGAACAUGAACCCGAAGCUUGAUCCUCCGAAUCGCCCUGAAACAUCCUUCUUCUGGUUCACAAAUCCGUGCAAGACCAUGAAGUUCAUAGUGUGGCGCAGAUUUAAGUGGAUCUUCAUUGGAAUCAUUAUUCUUUUAAUUGUGCUGCUAUUCCUUGGAAUACUCCUGUAUUCAUUGCCGAACUACAUCUCAAUGAAAAUUGUGAAACCUCUUUCAUAAAGGGCAAAAGAGGAAUCUGUUCCAUUUGAACCAUCAAAAGGGUCCACAAUGGAAGAUGAAAUGCUUGGCUGCACUAUUGGGCUUCUGUGGACUGCAGACUGUGGCAUUUUGUGGCCUGUUUCUGUGUAUUUACAGGGUUACCUAAUCCUUGUUUUAACUUUUGUAGCUAUAAUUUUUGAGAAGCAAUUCAGUUAAAUCACUGUAAUUGACCAUUGUAUAAGGUUUUUCACUUUCUUUUCCUUCACAUUAUAUGACACACAAAAUAUAAUAGUCACUUUUUAUGUUGCACUUUAACAGUUUGCAGUUAAUUUACCAUAUGAUGUACUGGUUCCACUAAUGAAAAGCUGUCUUCUGAAUGUCUGGUGUUGUCUUUUAGGACCUUGUAAUAGCUACAAAAUAGUAAAAUGUGGCCACACUUUUUCACUGCCACAGAUGCAUACUGUAUAAUAAGACAAUGGAAGGGAAGGAAUGAACUGUUAAGUCUUUGAGAAGCACAACAUUUCUGAAGCUGGUGUCUUUAAGAUUCUAAUCAGAUUUUUAAAAAAUAAAUUACAAAAUAGUGGCUACUUACACCCUUCAAAAAUCAAGGUUAUAGGUUUCAUAUGUAUCACACUUGUCAUACACAGUAUAUGGAUAAAUUGUAAGACUUGUCUAUGUAUGGAUUUGUUAAACCAUAUACUCUUUAUACGUUAUGAUGAUUUUAAAAGGGAAGAUGUUAAAUAUGUGCAAUUUAAUAAAGGAACAAUUUAUUA